AUGGCACCACAAGUGCCACACCAAACACUAGAAACUAAUACCACAAAAAUCAAUAACCACCCUUCGUCCUCAAACACCAUUCGACGUCCUCGGGGUCGUCCACUUGAAUCCAAGAACAAAGUUAAGACAUCUAUCACUGAAACACGUGAUAAUGUACUUUAUUCUCAUAAGCUUGAGAUCACUAGUGGAUCUGACAUAGUAAGUAGUAUCUUUGGUUACGUUCAUCAUCGAGGAAGGGGAAUAUGCAUCCUUGGUGGAAAAGGAGUGGUGGAAAAAGUCACUAUUCGUCAAUCCACAGGAAAAGUUAUAACUCUCCAAGGAAGGUUCCAGAUUAUUUCGAUAUCUGGUAUAAUUCACUCACCGACAACGCCAGGGGAUGCUGAAGGAUUGAUGGUUAACUUGUCAGGAACUACAAGACAAGUGGUUGGAGGGAUUGUGAUUCCCCCUCUGAUGGCUUUAGGCUCAGUGGAAUUGAUGGUUGCUUCCUUCGCAAACUCUGGAUCUGAAAGAGUUUCUUUGGUGACAAAUGAACAAGAUGAUCCUCCUUUGUUUAACGCUGGAGGAUCAACUAAUGGGAUGAGGAAUAUGAUGAAUAUCGACCUCAAUUUCCCGUCCUCCUCUGCUCAGGGUUGUAGUGUUGCAGCUGUAACUUCACCAUCCAAAUCUCCCGCUUCUAGCUAA